AUGCCGGGCAUCGAGUACAACUCGAUGGCUUCACGCUAUCACCCACACCAUCCCUUGAACCGCCAGAGCGGCCGGGACCGCCGCUCGACCUUUUCGUCAAUGGACAGCCGGAACCCGUAUGCCAGCUACAUGGCCGAGGCACCACCAGCCUACUCCUCUCACUACCACCACCGAUCCCGUCCCGGGAAUACCACUCUCGCGCGUCUGGAUCCGACUCGGAAGACUCCUGGUGGUCUCGAUCUCCCGACGACCACCCGCCGACAUAUCCAAGUCUGUCCCGGGAAAAGGUCUCCCGGGAGAGAGUCACAGCGCGACGGUUCCCGCCGCGACAACUCCUCCGGCAGGCGGCCGCGACGCUUACAGUACGUUCAGCCCGAUAUCAUUGAUCGGCUGGACGAUGCUUCUUUCGGUGCCUACCACCACGAGGGGCCCUUCGAUGCUGCGUCCCCCCAGCGCAACCGGGUCAGCAAGAACAGUCCUAUUGAGGCUGUCAAGGAUUCCAUCGAGGAGACGCUGCGGGCGACUCCCCGAGACAAGAUCAUCGACACCAUCGAGAGCCACCGGCCCUUGGAUGGUGUCGCGUACUUUCCUCCUGGUACGACGGAUCGGGAGGGACAAACGUACCAGUACGAGGAGGGAUCCAAUAUGAUGGACGAGUAUGGACUUUUCAUGCGCACGCCGGGAAAGAAAUUCACCGAUGAGGAUUUCAAAAAUGAUCCCUUUUACAACCAGCCUCAUCCCAACUACCUCUCAAACCUGAAGAGGAAGAUCAGUCUGAAGCGCUGGAAGGAGCGUCGAGGGACUCUUUGA